AUGCAGCCAAAUAACAGCGUAACUGAGUUCAUACUGUUAGGAUUGACUCAAGAUCCUAAGAAACAGAAAAUGGUAAUUGCUGUCAUCUUCAUUUUCUAUCUGGGAACUGUGGUCGGGAAUUCGCUCAUUACUGUGACUAUCAGGUGCAGCCGGACACUCAGGAGCCCCAUGUACUUCUUCUUAUUCUAUUUGUCCCUUGCUGAUUCCUGCUUUUCAACAUCCACAGCCCCAAGACUCAUUGCGGAUGCUUUUUCAACCAAAAAAACCAUAUCUUACAAUGAGUGCCUGACUCAAGUCUUUGCACUACAUUUAUUUGGCGCCAUGGAGAUCUUUGUCCUCGUCCUCAUGGCGGUUGAUCGCUAUGUGGCCAUUUGUAAGCCCUUGCGGUACCCAACCAUCAUGAGCCAGCAGGUCUGCUUCAAUUUGGUUGUUUUUGCCUGGGUGGGGUCUUGCGUACAUUCUAUCGCUCAGAUCAUUCUGGCCUUGAGAAUGCCUUUCUGUGGACCCAAUUUGAUUGAUCAUUAUUGCUGUGAUCUGCAGCCCUUGCUGAAACUUGCAUGCAUGGACACUUAUGUGUUCAAUCUGCUGUUCGUCUCUAACAGUGGGGUUAUUUGUACAUGCAGCUUUGCGGUUCUGAUGAUAUCGUAUGUUUUUAUCUUGCAUUCACUGAGGAACCACAGUGCAGAAAGCAGGAAAAAAGCUCUCUCCACCUGCACAUCCCACAUCAUUGUAGUAAUAUUAUUCUUUGGUCCUUGUAUAUUCAUAUAUACACGUCCCCCAACCACUUUCCCUAUGGACAAGAUGGUGGCAGUGUUUUAUACAAUUGGAACACCCUUUCUCAACCCACUCAUCUACACUCUGAGAAACGCAGAAGUGAAAAAUGCCAUGAGAAAAUUAUGGCAUAUCAAAAUUACAUCAGAAUGA